AUGCCUGGUUUUGCAUCAUCAUGGUUCUACCUUUGUGCUGUCCUUAUAGUAUAUGUAGGAGGCAGAUUCUACACAUCAUUUGAAUUGGGAAAGUUUGAUAUCCUUACUUCAUAUGAUGAAAUUUGGAAGCUAACUAAAAUUGCGCGCAUUACGUUGCCAAUUAAGAAAUUGUUGUGUUCCACAGUUUCUCAAUUCAAGCACAUUAUGGAAAGAGCCAAGAAAGAAAAAUUCCUUCCUGGAAAAGUAACAAUAGUUGAGGCAAAGGAGUCCCAUACACCCAAUAAACCAAAGCCUGAAGUAUAA